GUCAUUUGUUGUAAAAGUGCUCGGUGCACGUGUUUUUUUCAAUUUUUAAGAGAUAGAAAAGCCUAUUUUAAGUUCUAAUUAUGUCCGAAAUGCACAUUGAAAGUAUGGCAUCCGGGUCCUCCGAGAGUGAGAACGAAGAUAUGGAGGAACGUGAAGAGUCCGAGGAAGACGAUGACCGCCCAAGGAUAUACCUUCCCGAUCAGCCUCUGAAGGAAGACGAGCACCUGGUAUGCGACCAGUCCGCUUACGUUAUGUUACACCAGGCGCAGACGGGAGCGCCGUGUUUGAGCUUCGACAUUGUGAUGGACAACCUCGGCAACGACAGGAAAGAAUUUCCAUUGACAUCUUACAUUGUUGCCGGCACGCAGGCUUCAAGUCCACACUUGAAUAAUAUAUUAAUAGUUAAAAUGUCAAACCUCCACUCAACAUACAAAGCUCUUGAGGAUGAUGAUUCCUCUGAUGAAGAUGAUGAUGAUGAAGAGGAAGACGAGGAGAAAAAGCCACAGAUGACAUUUGCAUUUAUAAAACACCAGGGAUGUGUGAAUAGGAUAAGGGCAACUAAUUUUAAAAAUUCUGUACUAGCAGCAAGUUGGUCGGAGCUAGGUAGAGUGGAAGUUUGGAAUAUUACUCAACAGCUGCAAGCUGUGGAUGAGCCCGCAUUACUUGAAAGAUAUAAUUUAGAUUCUGUGAACAAUCCAGCCAAACCACUUUAUUCCUUCACUGGCCAUCAGCAAGAGGGAUUUGGUCUUGACUGGUGUCCUACAGAGCCAGGAGUACUAGCAAGUGGAGAUUGCAGAAGAGACAUCCAUAUCUGGAAACCAAAUGAAGCAGGGACCUGGACAGUGGACCAAAGGCCACUAGUCGGACACACAGCCUCCAUUGAGGAUAUACAGUGGUCACCCAAUGAAAGAAAUGUUUUGGCAACAUGCUCAGUAGAUAGAACAAUAAGAAUAUGGGAUACGCGAGCCGCGCCGCACAAGGCAUGCAUGUUAACAGCUGAAAAUGCACAUGAGAAAGACAUCAAUGUUAUUUCUUGGAAUAGUAAAGAACCAUUCAUAGCAAGCGGUGGCGACGACGGCUUCCUUCACGUUUGGGACUUAAGACAGUUCUCGAGGAGUCCACCUGUGGGUACUUUCAAGCACCACACGGCACCAAUAACAUCUGUGGAGUGGAACUGGAUUGAACCCAGUGUCCUCGCGUCCGCUGGGGAGGACAACCAGGUGGCUUUGUGGGAUUUGGCGGUAGAAAGAGACGACAAUGAAAGAAUUGAUGAAGAUUUGAAGAAUCUUCCACCCCAGCUAUUAUUUAUACAUCAAGGACAAAAUGACAUAAAAGAGUUGCACUGGCACAAACAGCUUCCAGGCGUUAUCGUUACUACGGCACAUACUGGAUUCAAUAUAUUCAAAACUAUUAGUGUAUAAAAUGAUAAAUAAAUACUAUAAGUAUACAA